AUGAAUUUAAGGAUUGGUUGGAAGAAGUUGGAAAAAGACCAUUUAAAGGCGAAGUGUGUUGUAUGCAAUGUUAUUUUGGCAAGUGGCAAAAGCGAAUUGGAUAAACAUAGUCAAGGAAAGAAGCACAUCAUCAACUCCAAAGGGAUCAAAGGUACUUCUAAAAUAUUAACAAUGUUUAGUGAUAUACAAGAACCAAAAAUUAAAAAUAACGAUAUUAAAAUUUCUGCUUUCUUUGCCGAACACAAUUUGGCAUUUCAUUUGAUUGAUCAUUUAACACCACUUUUAAAAGAAAUAUUUCCUGAUUCUAAAAUUUUCUCUAAGUUAGAAUUACAUCGCACUAAAUGUACCAGUAUUAUAAACAAAAUAAUAGCACCUAUUGAAACAUCUGAUAUUACGGAUAUUAUAUCAAAGAAUCCGUUCUCAGUUCUUGUAGACGAGAGUACUGAUAUUUCAAGUCAGAAGUUUUUAUGUUUGAUAUUAAGACUUGGACAUCCAAAUUAUGGUACUAUACAUACUAAAUUACUUGAACUUGUUAGCAUAGAUGCAAGGGACUGUUCAGCUAAGAGCAUUUAUGGGGAAUUCAAAGAAGUAUUAAUAAAAAAACAUAUUCCUUUGGACAAUAUCAUUGGUGUUGCAUGUGAUGGAGCAAGUGAAUGGUUGGAAAACACAACUCAUUCAUGA